AUGUCGACCAUUCAGUUUCUACUGCAAUCCAAAUGGGUAUUUUGGACCCUCUGGCUUCAUCGCUACCUCCGCUUCAUCUUCAACACCUUCAGCCACUGGCGCUACCGAACCGUGCCUAUACCGCCUAAGCCAUCCUACACGGCUAACGAUGUCACUGUUAUCAUUCCCACAAUCCACAACAACUUUGAGGAGCUGAGGGAGUCUUUACAAAGCAUCCUCGCAUGCCAACCCUCUGAGCUCCUGCUUGUUACAACUUCUGACAAGUAUGAAAGGCUGGUAGCAUUUGUCAAAUCCUUGGGGGCAUCAAACGUUCGAGUUUUCAAUGUUCCCAUUGCAAACAAGCGUAUUCAAGUGUGUGAGGCUAUUCCAAAGGUGAAAACUGCACUGAUCGUCAUGGCGGAUGACGAUGUCACGUGGCCUCGUACGAUCCUCCCCUGGCUGCUUGCACCCUUCGAAGAUGGUAGGGUGGGUGGUGCUGGACCAUGCCAAAGAGUAAAGCGAAUCAAAUCCGGCACAGUGAUGGAAUUCGUCUUCAAUUGGCUCGGUGCCGCUUAUAUCGAGAGGCGAAACUUUGAGAUCUCAGCUACCCACGGCAUUGACGGUGGCACUUCGUGCAUGUCGGGGCGUACAUGCGCCUUCCGAUCUGAAAUCCUGCAGAGUCCGCUCUUUUUGGACGGUUUCAAGACGGAGAGAUGGGGCAAAUUUCAGCUGAAUGCUGACGAUGACAACUUUGUAACCCGAUGGCUGGUCUCGAAUCAAUGGAAGACCUGGAUUCAGUACAACAAGGAAUGCGAAAUCGAGACAACCCUUGAGAACAAUAUCAAAUUCCUAUAUCAAUGUUCUCGAUGGGCGCGCAGCAAUUGGAGAAGCAAUUAUACUAGCCUUGUCACCGAGAGACAUGUGUGGACGCAACAACCUUGGUCAACCUAUGCUUUGCAUAUUGCCACAUUCACGUCCUUGUCUUUCGCUUUCGACCCUCUGAUAAUAUUCUUGACUUUCAAAGUUACAUCGGGCUUAUCCGCGGACCUCCAGUUCUACGCAGUUCUUGCUCAACUUGUUUGGAUGUGUAUCACCAAAGUUGUUAAGCUGAUCGGACUGUUCGCGCGUGAGCCUUCGGAUCUACUAUUUUUGCCUAUUUCCGUAAUCUUCGGAUAUUUCCACGGCUUCAUCAAACUUUACGCUCUUGCCACCCUUCGCCAAACCUCUUGGGGUAGCCGUGCAGACGGUGAUGCCAACGAUAGCCACCGUAUGAGCCCAAGGGCAAGGAGAAGUGAGAGUAUCACCUUGCCACCGGGUAACCACCCUGGUCUAAUCCGAUACAAUGACGACAAGUCGUUUACCUCUGAAAAGCCAGUCGAUGUGGAUAUUGCCGCAGAUGACGAAAGUGCAGCAGAUGGCGAAUGCGACUGUGUUUGUAAUGACUGUUACGAUCCUAACGACUCUAGUGAUGAUGAUUCAACUUCGACUAAUAGCUCGAUAGCGAUAGAGGCUCAUGGACGCUAG